AUGGCCGGCCGUGGCCCAACCCCACAUUCCUCUGAUAGGCGGAGCGUCACCGCCCAGUAUUCUGGGCUGACGUCGGGUCGGAUGGAAUCUCUGCUGCUGCUGCACUAUAAAGCCAACACUGACGCUCAGGACAACAACGGAAACACACCGCUGCACCUCGCCUGCAUGUACGGCCACGAAGACUGUGUGAAGGCGAUGGUUUACUACGACGUGCAGAAGUGCCGUCUGGAGCUUCAGAACGAUAAAGGCGACACGGCGCUGCACAUCGCGGCGCGUUGGGGCUACGAGGGGAUCAUCGUGGUGCUGCUGGAGAACGGAGCCAACACCGACGUCUUCAACAAGAGCCGAGACACCCCGCUGCACUGCGCUCUCAACCCCAAGAUCCUGGUGUUGCUGCAGUCGACUCGGAGCUGUCAGCGCAGCAGCAGCGGAGUCGAUUCGCCCAGUCGCUCUCCUCUGGCUUCAGACUGCAGCAGCCGGCGAUCCUCCGCCUCCAGCGAGUCCUCUCUGAACUCUGAAAUCAAACCGGUGGGAGUCAGGGUCCGACACCGAGAGGUGGAGAAGCUGCUGCGUGCCAUAGCAGACGGCGAUGUGGAGAUGGUGCGUUACUUGUUGGAGUGGAUGGAUGAGGAAGAGGAUGAUGAAGAGGAUCUUCGGUCAGAGGUUCUGCUUUGCCAUCCGCUGUGUCAGUGUCCAAACUGCGCUCCCACUCAGAAAACAAGAAAGUGCUUCAAACUCAAGAGAAGAGAGGAAGAGGAGUGGAGGACUUUAUCCCGCCUGGUGGAUAAGACCAACGAGAUCUAA